AUGUCUAACCACACCACUGUUCACGUCUCGGGCAUCGCGCCUGCAACCUCCGAGAAGGAGGUCCGCGACUUCUUCAGCUUCUGCGGAAAGAUCGUGUCUCUGUCCGUGACCCCGGCCUCGUCCGAGGCUGACUCCCAAAAGUCCGCCAGCGUCACCUUCGAGAAGGAAGCCGCAGCCAAAACCGCACUGCUCCUCGACCAGACCCAACUGGGCAGCUCCUCCGUGCACGUCGAGUCCGCCUCCACCAUCGACGACCUCGCCGGUGAGAAGGCUACUGCCCCCGGUACCGAGAAGGAAGAUCAGGACGACAUCACCCAGGAGGACAAGCCUCGCUCGCGCAUUAUCGCCGAGUACCUGGCUCACGGAUACGUGGUCAGCGACAACGCGAUCCAGCAGGCUAUCGCCCUGGACCAGAAGCACGGCUUCUCCAGCCGCUUUACCUCCGCUCUGACCAACUUCGACAAGAAGUUCAACGCUACCGAGCGCGCCAAGGGGAUCGACGAGAGCUACCAGAUCUCCAACAAGGCUCUUGAAGGCUGGGGUAGCCUGAGCUCGUACUUCGAAAAGGCCCUCGAGCACCCCUCCGGCCAGAAGCUGCGUGAUUUUUACUCCCAGACCGAUAAGCAGGUCCGUGAUAUCCACAACGAGGCCCGCCGUCUGGCCGACCUGAAGCAGGGUAAGGGUGGUGAAUCUGCUGCUGCUGGCGAGGCAUCUGCGACUGCCCCUGCCACUGAGGCCGCGGGUGUCGCUGCCCCUGCCGAGCCCAAGGCAUAA